AUGUCAGAUUCAAAUUCUCACAGACUAAAACUAUCCAUAGACAUUCAUUCAAUUAAAGAACAUUCUUUUAGAGGUUUGAUCUAUGCUCAUUAUUCUCAUUAUCCAUAAAUAGGAAUCAAAUAAUAAUUUAGAACUGCACCAGUCAUGUAAUAUCAUUCAAUAUAGUAGUGAAAUUACCAAACCUUUUGUUGAAAUCUCAUUUUAAAAUUCUUUUGCUUCUUACAUUUUUGAUACCAAUAAAGAAGAACUUCAAAAACUAUUUGAAGAGACAUAAUUAUAGAUUGAAUUAUUCCAUUAAGAUAGAUUAAAAAAAGAUUAGUUUAUUGGCAUAUCGACCAUAAACUUAGCAGAAUUAUUAAAAAGUCCAAUUAGAAAAAGCUCUAAAAGUUAUGCUAGAGCAUUGGAUGCUUAUUAUCCUAUAGAUGAUAAUAAUGAUUAAGAUACUAAGAGAAUUGGAUUACUUAGAUGCAUCUGUUAUCUUGAAGAUUUAGGACCUCUUGAUUAAUUAUAAUAGUAAGAAUAGACAGCCAUUGAAUAAAUAGUUGGAGAUCCUGCUUUACCAAUUAUUAGUUAUCCAAAUUCAGAUGAUCCUGAAAAAUAAUAAGUUAUUUUGGAAUUACAUUCAUUAGAACAUAAAGUUAUUUGGGAAUUGGAUACUUGGAAAAAAAGUGAAGAAGCUAAAUUUAGAGUAUUAUUGAAAUAGAAAGAAUUUGAAUUAACUACAAAAUUAUAUUAAGAUUUUAAAAACAAAGAGUUAGAUAGAGAAAGAUAACUUAAACAAGCCUUAACAUAAAUCUAGGUUAUAGAAAAUAAAAUUAAAAAUAAAGGAACUGAACUUUUGAAAAGAGAAUAAAAAAUUUAAUAGUUAGAGGAUGAAGUAAAAUCAAAACUUUUAGAAACUGCUAAAAUAAUCAAAGUAAAAGAUGAGGAAAUGGGUAUUCUUAUUAAAAGAUAAAAGGAUGAGAAACUUAAUUUAGAAAAAGAAAAAACUCUAUUAAGUUUGAAAUUGGCUGAUGCUUAAGCAGCAAUUCAAAAACUUGAGGAGGAAAAUAAAAGUCUUAAAAAGGAAAUUGAAAAAUCACCUGUAGCGAUGGUUAAGGAAAAUUUAUAAGAAAAAGUAAUGGAAAUUACUGAAUUAAAAAAAGAGUUAGAUAGAACUAAUCAAAUUAAAGAAUAAUAUAAGUAAUAUUAUGAAAAAAUGAGAGAUGAAUUAAUUAAAGAAAAGAAACAAUCCUAAGAUAAUAAUUCAUUAAUAUAAAAUACAUUAUUAGAAUUUGAAAAAGUAAAACUUGAAUUGUUGGAAGUUAAAUAAAAACAAUCAAUAAAUACACAAACUAAUUUUUAAAUGAUCAAAUAACAUAUGGAAAUUUAUUAACAAGAAUAAUAAUAAUAAUAAUAGUAAUAGAUUAUCAACCAGCCAAAAGUUGAAUAAAUAUAAGAAUAUAAUAAUUAAUCCAAUAAUCCUUUUAAAAAUGGAUUAAUAGACAAAUCAUCACAAAAACUUACAUUUUAAAAAAAUUAAAAAUCCUAUAAAAACUACCCAAACCUAGAUAAUAAGUCUGAUCUCUAAAGAUUGCUAUAAGAAAGAGAAUACUUGAUUGAAAGUGGAGAAUAUCAGGUGGAUGAUCCAUUAAUAGAAGAACUCACUAAACAAAUAUAACAAUUAGGUGGCCAUUGA